UGAAUUCAUUAUUUCCGCAUUCGUGUUGCAUUCAAGGAAACACGAAUGCCUUGUACAGGUAGAAACUGCGCCUUGAUUUCAUUGGACAUAGUAAAUCAUAAAUAUAUAGGCUAAGCAUUUAAAAUUGUCUGUAGUAAUCGAAUUUGCUAUCGUUCAACUCAAUGUACGUGUUGGAAGUGUGUGAACGACUCCGCACUUCUUAGUAGUCGAAUUAUUCCGACACCACGCAAAUGCAACACGAACCACAAGACAAACAUGGCGACGUUGAUCAGCAUGGUUGUGACUGUGAGAAACAGCGGUCACUCUGUGUUGAAGACGCUGUGGAGGAGCAGUGUGUUGAUGAAACUGCAGCGCUACUGUCACGGAGCCCGGAGCAGUUUAUACGAACAUGUCCGUGAAGGCUACAGCGACAAACCCGAGCUGGACAUGAGAGCGGUGUGUGAGCACACUGACACAGUCAGAGCUAAUGUGGAGAACAGGAAGGGGGACCUGUGCGCAGACGACGUCGACAAGAUUGUAUGUGUGUGGCAGGAACUUCAGGCACUGAGGACAGAAAUCUCGGAGUUGGAGAACCUGAAGAAACGCAUCAGUGACUCGGUCAGAACACUAGUGAACAGCUAUGACAAGAAAAUUCUGCCCAAUCUCUCAGAGUACACCCAUGCUCUACAGGAGGGUCGAGAGAUCCGCAACCGGCUCAAUCAGCUCUGUGCUAAAGAGACUGAGCUGGAUCAGGAGCAUUACAUUCAAGCGCUCAGGCUGCCAAACACCACACACCCUGACGUGCCAGUUGGAGAUGAGAGCCAGGCAAGGGUGGUGGAACUGGUGGGACAGAGACCAGAGUUUGACUUCAAGCCCAGGGGCCAUGUACAGCUGGGGGAGGAGCUAGGUCUCAUCAGGCAGAGGCAUUUAGCUCACGUCUCAGGUCACAGGUCAUACUAUUUGAGGGGAGCAGGGGCCAGGCUUCAGACUGCUCUCCAAAACUUUGCCCUCGACACACUGCAGCAACAGGGCUUCAUUCCCAUGGUUGUUCCUGACAUGCUGAAGGGGGCAGUGUUUGAGGGUUGUGGGAUGCAGCCGAAUGCUCACCGUUCACAGGUCUACUCCCUGGACCCUGCUCGCUUCCCAGACCUCAAUCUGGCUGGGACUGGGGAGGUUGGGAUAGCAGGCUAUUUCAUGGAUCAUGCAGUAAACUGGAGGGACUUGCCUGUCAGGACGGUGUGCAGUAGCACCUGCUACAGAGCAGAGACCGACACCGGCAGAGAGGCGUGGGGUCUCUACAGAGUUCAUCACUUCAACAAGGUAGAGAUGUUUGGAGUGACUGCAGAUGAGACAGGAGAGGAGAGCGCUCAGCUGCUAGACGAGUUUGUGUCAUUGCAGAAAGGGAUGUUCUCUGCUCUGGAGCUGCACUACAGAGUGCUGGACAUGCCCACACAGGAACUGGGUCCUCCUGCUCACAGGAAGUAUGACAUUGAAGCCUGGAUGCCAGGGAGAAACAGCUUUGGAGAGAUUUCCAGUGGGUCUAACUGCACAGACUACCAGAGCAGACGCCUCAACAUCCUGUAUGAGCGUGAGGACGGCAGCCUGCAGUACACUCACACAGUAAAUGCUACAGCAUGUGCCAUCCCACGAAUGAUCAUCGCCAUCCUGGAGACUCAUCAGACGAAAGAUGGGACGGUGCGUGUCCCAGAAGCUCUGCAGCCAUAUUUAGGUCUAAACGUGAUCGAGAAGCCGUCACACACUGCACUGAAAUACAUGGGACCCAACCAGCACAGUCGACCACGCAGACCAGACCAGACCAGAUCAGACCAGAGAGCUCAACAUCAAACACCUACAAACGCAGGCUUUCUGGACAAAAAGUGUACACAUUGUUAAUCAUCUCUACUGUUCUUCAGAUGAAUUGAAUCGAAGCUUGAAUGACUCUAAUGACUCUAACGGCUCAUGGUCACUUACACUCUAAAGUCCAUUUUUUUUUCCCUUUGCUUGACAUUUUUUCAGGUUUACUGUUUAAAAAUGCAAAAUAAUGAUCUCCAUAGUAACCACACUCCAUCCUCCAUGUGUCCCAGCUUGUUUAUCUGUAGUCUGAGCUACUUUCUCUUGCUCUUGAUAGUUGAUGGAUGUGAGUUUGAACAGGAUUGCAGACACUGAGGUGGCCAGAGUAUGUUUUGUCUGACAAUAGAAGGUGAAAUAUCUGCAUAACAGAUUAUCACAGUGUCUGCAACACAAGAGAACUCUAUAGAUGCACAGCAACACUUAUCUGUCCAAAAUAUGUAAUUAUGACACAUUUUAUAAGAGUGUUCCAAAGUCAUCGCUGUAACAAUAGCAGCUGUUUAAAUGAUUGAUGUACAAAAUUAAUUAACCAGCACUUCAAACUGUGUAGUCCAUAAUUAUGUACAUGUCCAGAAUUAAAGGUCUUAUUAAGGCCCCAAAACUUC